AAAGCCACGCCCGGGCUGCAGCGCUCGCACUGCUCUCCAGGCUCCGUUAUCGGCUGCUGCUCGGUCUGCGCUUCCUCUGCUCCUCCUCCUGCUGCAGCAGCGGCUCAGAAGCCUGACCAAUGGCGUGUAUUCAUGAAAUUCUAGGCAAGCUGAAAUUGGAAGGAAGUCAAACCAGUUCCAGUCAGUCAACUUGUGGAACUAUCAGGCCUAGCACAAACUUCGAUGCAGAGAAGGAUGCAGCAGCCAUUGAAACUGCAAUUAAGACAAAAGGUGUGGACGAGCUAACAAUCAUCAGCAUUUUAACAACCCGAAGCUGUGAGCAAAGACAAGAAAUAGCAUUUGCCUUUCAGAGGAGGACCAAGAAGGACCUGGCAUCUGCACUAAAAGGUGCCCUUUCUGGUAAUCUGGAGACUGUAAUGCUUGCGCUGAUUAAGACACGGCCCCAGUAUGAUGCUUCAGAACUGAAAGCUGCAAUGAAGGGCCUUGGGACAGAUGAAGACACUCUAAUUGAAAUUAUCUGCUCAAGAAGCAGUGGAGAACUACAGGCAAUCCAGGCUGCAUACAGAGAAUUAUACAAGACAGAAUUAGAAAAAGACAUUGUAUCGGACACAUCCGGAGAAUUCAGGAAAUUAAUGGUGGCCCUGGCUAAGGGCAAGCGACCAGAAGAAGGUUCUGUGGUGGACUAUGAGAAGAUCGACCAGGAUGCCAGAGAGCUGUACGAGGCUGGAGUAAAAAGGAAGGGAACAGAUGUGGGCAAGUGGAUUACAAUCAUGACUGAAAGAAGCGUACCUCACCUACAGAAAGUCUUUGAAAGGUACAAGAGUUACAGUCCAUAUGACAUGCAGGAGAGCAUCAAGAAGGAAGUGAAGGGUGACCUGGAAAACGCUUUCCUCAAUCUUGUCCAGUGUAUUGAGAACAAGCCACUGUACUUUGCUGAUCGGUUGUACGACUCUAUGAAGGGCAAAGGAACGAAAGAUAAAGUGUUGAUCCGGAAUAUGGUUUCUCGAAGUGAAGUGGACAUGCUAAAAAUAAGAGCAGAGUUCAAGAAAAAAUAUGGCAAAUCUCUAUCCUACUACAUUGGGCAAGACACAAAAGGUGAUUAUCAACGUGCCCUGCUAAACCUGUGUGGUAGCGAUGACUGAGCCUCGUAUACAUCAUUCCUGCCUCCCCUGAUGCCUUAUUGCUUGUCCUGACUACGUCUGCGGAGCUCCCCAGCCUGUAAUGAGUCGCCUGCCUGCUUCUUCCCAGUUUACAGACCAAUACAACUCUGCCUUCCCAAAUACAGAUUUUUUUUUUUGUGUAAA